GAUUUACUAAUAUAUUUUAAGGUUUGAUGUCUCUGUGUCAUAUACCGAUUCCUAAAUUUAGUAAAUUGCUACUAACAUUGCAAAUAUGCCAAAGCUCGCAUCAUUAAGUAACUGUAUAUUUUUAUUGACUAAUUUUGGAAUGCUGUUUUAUUCUUCUUAAAAUUCAUUAUGAGCUAGUUUCAGGGAUAUAAUCCAUCAAUAAAUUAAAUAGAUAUCUUCCUUCUAUAUUAAAUGCAAUAUUGCAUUUUGAAUAUGGUCUCCUUGAGUAAAUUGAUAUAAAUUUAAGAACCUGAUUGCCCAAAUAAGUGAAAAAAAAAGUAGUAAGUUGAGUAACUAGGUAUCGAGAAGGGGGUUAUUUAGUGUUUAAAACUGAAAAUGGAAAAAUUCUAGUUGAGUUAUUAUUUCUACAAUAGGAUAAAG